CAAGAGGGCCGUCAGGUCGUUAGUCAUCUGUUAUUGUAAUCUUGGGAUUCUUGUAAAUGAGUCUCUGUAACUUAAGGAUUCCGAGGUUAUCCUGUUAGUGAAAUAUUAAACCGAAUCGAAUACAGUGAAUCAGAAAAGCACUAAGUGAGACAUGGUUUAAAAAUUAUAAAUUAAAACAGAGAGCUUUUUGGACCGUUCAACCCUUCCCCUACAUUCGGAGGCGAUACCCUUGUAUACUGAUACGGCACAGUAGAAAGCCUGAAUGGAUAAAAUUCAAGAAGUUCAUGGAAAAACAACACACACCAUGGAAACUUUCUACACUUCAAGCCGUGGUCCUUCACCAUCAAGACCCUCAUCUGUCACGUGUAAUACAGCAACCACCAUUAGUUCACAAGGAUCAAAUAAUGGAAGGAAGGCACCGGAAAUGAGCAGUAAUUUGAAAAGUGGCCGCAGAAAAUCACCUGUACUGUCAAAACGACACGCAGAGCGAGCUGACAAGGGUGGCGGUGGUAGUACUACAGGGGCAGGAACAACUGGCUCUACCGCUGGUGUUCUCCCCAACGCUUCCCUUGGGACUAGCAACAAUGCCCAUCUCAGUCUUAACAGCAAUCUUGCUUUACCUGUUACUCCGUCUACUCAGUCACUACUUUCUGUAUCCGAUGAACGUAACCAUAGCAACCUUCAAUCCACUACGUCCGCUCCAACGGGAUUGCUUGAUCCUUCCGGAUUGUCUGCUUCGACGAUGAUAUCUAAGACGGUCGAAGACCAAGCAGUUGACGAUGAUCCGGAUAUGUCAUAUUUCUCUACUGGCGCUGAAGGAGGCAACACUAUGUUGGAUGAAUUGGAUGGUACAGGUGGAAGUUUGUCUUAUGCACCUGGUACUCCGCAGUACCACAAAGUUCGAUUAGAAAUGGAACAAAUCCACGCUAAAGUCAAUAAAACACGCGAAUUAAUACGAGACGAACAAACAUCUCGCGAUGAAAAUGUGAAUGAAUAUCUACGUUUGGCUUCCCAGGCUGACAAGCAACAACAGACCCGUUUAAAAGCUGUUUUUGAAAAAAAGAACACCAAGUCUGCUCAGCAGAUGCAAGUACUACAGCGAAAACUGGAUAAUUACCAAAAUAAACUCAAAGCUCUUGAAGCUCAAGGAAUUCCUCGAAAUCACGGACAUCGGGCACCCAAGCAAGUCCUUCGGGGCGUAGGCAUGGGAAUAAAAACUGUUAUGUCAAAACCGAGAGAAUUCGCGCACCUGAUACGAAACAAGUUUGGCAGUGCUGACAACAUUAAUCAAAUACGUGCAGUGGAAAACACACCAAAUUCGGCUGCACCAGAAGACGCUUUUGUCAUUUCACCGACCCCAGCCAAUAAUAUGAGCGCUGGAAAUUCGAAUUCUCUUCCUGGCCAUGGAGCCAUAUCACAGACAAUUGGUUCCUCAGCCAUCGUCCCAGCUGCCAGUCAGGGUUCGGGUGGUGGAAAAUAUACAUCAGAAGAAGGAUCUGAGUGCGGCAGUUCAGUAACCAGCGAAAGCAUGGCUGGUGGUUUGCACAUGUCACCCAGACACAAUGUGGUGGGAGCUAGUUUAGGACUGAGUAUGGGAUUGGAGUCGUUUUUCCAAGAGCUUCAAGAAAGGCGUGAAGAAGUUGAUCGGCUACGCGAAGAAAUGGAACAAGUUAAGUUGAAUCUUCAGCAAGAGGUGUGCUUGGUUAGCUCUGCCCUACAAGAAGAGCGGUUCCGGGUAGAGCGCUUAGAAGAACAAAUCAAUGAUUUAACUGAAUUGCACCAGAAUGAGGUGGAGAAUCUCAAACAAAACAUUGCCGACAUGGAGGAAAAAGUACAGUAUCAAUCUGAAGAGAGACUGAGAGAUAUCCAUGAUUUGUUGGACAGUUGCCAUACUCGAAUAUCCAAAGUGGAGCAUCAAGCCCAACACCAACAACACGUCAGUUUGGAAGGGAUUGAGAACUCCAAUGCUCGGGCCGUUCUCGUCAAACUCAUCAACAUGGCCUUAACUUUGCUUCAAUUAGUGCUAGUCGUUGUAUCAACAUCAGCAAAUAUUAUCGCUCCCUUCCUUAAGACAAGGUUGCGCGUACUAACAACCUGCAUGUUCGCGUUUCUGUUUGCUUUUGUAGUCAAGCAGUGGCCCGAUCUGGAAGAUUUAGGAUCACAUCUAAUCCAACAUUGCAAAUCCGCGCUAAGAUCAUAGACGAUUCCACAAGGACAAUUAGAAACUACGAUUUUAAGAGAAAUGAUUGGAAGGUGGGGCGCGUUUAUAAAAGGUGUAACCGGACUGAUGGGUUCCAUUUUACCGUUUCCAUUAUAACGGAGAUAAAUACUCGUCACUGUGAUGGAUGUACUCUAUGGGACAUGAUUUUUGGAAAUUGUACUUUAUAAUUACAGGACCGGACUAUAUUAAUGUCUCGUCGAUUCCUUUUGCAAAUUUUAGUUGGCAUGCCAACUUUCUUAGAAACAAUUGAGAUGUGUCCUCCCAAUGAACUCAUAUUUAACCUGUAUUCUUUGGAAGUUUGCCUAUUUGUUAUUCGCCAAAAGUGUUGUAAAAAUCAAUACAUGUUUGGCUACUUUCACAA